AUGUCCCUUGCUCCUCAUGUGGUGGCCGUGUGUGUGGAUCUGCUUGCUGAUGCCUUGCAGCACGCUGGCGAGCACCAUGAAGCCCACCCGCCGGAGAAAGAAGAGGAUGAGGAGGAGCGGAAGAAGGAGAAGAAGGAAAAGAAAGAGAAGAAAGAGAAGAAGGAGAAAAAGGAAAAGAAAGAGAAGAAAGACAAGGGGGGUGGAGAAGAGGAGGAGGAUGAGAAGAAAAAGGAGAAGAAGGAGAAGAAGGAGAAGCACAAGGAGGAACUUCAUGCUGCGCAUGAGGAGACAGCGAAAGCAAAGGCAGAGCUGGAGGAGCUGCGAGGGCAGCACGAACGGCUCGAGGCGCAGCUGAAGGAGCUGACGCAGCAGCAGGAAGCCAAGGAUGCGGCGGCGCGUUCAGGAGCGGAAGCAGAGGCGGAAGCUGCAGCGCUGCGGGGCCGACUGAGUGAGGCGCAGGCGGAGGUCAGUGCGGCGCAAGAGAAACUCAGUGCGCUGCAGGAAGAGCUUUCCGCCGUGCAGGGGGAGCUAUCUGCGGCCAAGGAGGAGUUAUCCACCGCGCAGGGGGAGUUGAAUAGUGUGCGCGUGCAGCUGGAAGAGGCGCAGGCGGAAGGAGAGGCCCUGCGCAAGGCAGAGGGAGAGAUGAAGGAUGAGGUUGAGAGAGUGAAGGAGGCAGCGACAACAGCGCAGCAGCAGCUGGAGCAGCAGCUGGCAGUGAAAGAUGCAGAGAUGCAGCAGCUGCAGGCGGACGUCAAGGAUCUGCAGAAGAAGCUGGAGGAAAGCAGCAAGCAGGCCAUUGACGGGGGAGGGCUGGCAGCGGCGCGUGUGGACGAUGGAGCAGCAGGAGCUGAUUCAGCAGCGGGGUUGAAGGCAGCUGAAGCAGAGUUGGCGCGGCUGAGAGAGGAGGUGAGUGACUGGAAGGAGCAUGCGGAGGAGAUGGCUAGGGAGAAGCUGGAGAGGGAGAGCGCAGCAGAAGCUGAGCAAGAGCAGCGGCAGCUCCUGGUGAGUGUGCGUUCACCUUUUGCAACUAGAGUCCGUUGGGUGUCCCCUGCACCACUGCUCCCGCCCCUUCCCUCCAGCUGGAACUUGCUCCUCCAUUCCCUCUCUCCCACCCUUCCUGUACUCCGCAUUUUCUGUUGGCUGCUGGUGUGUUCCGUACGGUGCUCAAUCCACCUCCCUUCCCAUUUUCCGCCUGUCGCCUUCUGCCUUCGGUCUCGCCCCAACCUGUCGUCCUUCUUACAGGAGCAACAGCUGCAGGAGGCCAAGCGGGAGGUGGAGGAGCUGCGGCAGCGGAGCCAGCAGUGCGAAACUGAUGCGGAGACAGCAGGUGUCCCGCUGCAGGUGGCAGGUUCAGCUGAAGGGUUGGAUAGAGCAGGGGAGACAGAAGAAAGUUUAGGAGAAGGGGAAGUAAGAGAAGUUUCGAUAGCAGGAGGGGUGAAUGAGGCAGGAGGGCUCGGGGAGGGCGCGGAGGCGGAAUGGAGGCGGCGCUUGGAGGAGCUGGAGGGGCAGCUGAGGGCAGCAGAGGCACGCGCGGCCUCUCUGGAAGCAGCUGUGGCGGCUGGCGGGGGAGAGGCGCAGGUCAUUGCUGAGCGCACUGGUGACGAUGGUGGGAAGAACGAAGAGGAGAGAGAGGGACGUGUUGAAGAUGGUGAGAGUGCUGACCAGCCUGCGGGUGCAGAAGAAGGAGAGGAUGUGGAGGUGGCAGACGGGGAGGGGGAAGAAGCAGUAGGUGCGGGAGGGUCCAAGGAUGCUUUUGAGAUGAAGCCACGUGCAAUCCGUGCAAGUGCGUCUGCAGAAGGUAGGCAGGAGUUAGACCUGGCAGGCGCGAUGGCCCUGGUGGAGGAACUGGAGAUGGAGCUGGAGGCAGCGCGCGUGGAGGUGCAGCAGCUCAAGGACGCGGGCGACGAGCUGCAGGCCAAGGUGGAGGCGCUGGAGGAGGAGAAGGAGGAGGUGGCGCGCGAACUGGAAAUCACCAGCGAGGACCUCAGGAAGGAGAGAGACCUGGCGGCGGAGGCAGGGCUGGUGGCCGAGGAGGAGUGGCGGAAGAGACAGGAGGCUGAGCGCGCUAAGAAGGAGCUUGAGAGAGAGCUGGCUAAGAAGGGAGGCAAUGCUGGCACUGGUGGCGCCGGUGCUGGUGCCGGGUCUGCAGCACAGGGCGGGCACAAGGAAGGGGAGGACGGGGCGGGGAAGAAGGAAGGUGCGGAGCAUGGCAAGCAGGGGGGUGGUGGGGUUGGAGAUGGGGCAGCAGGCGGACAGGAUGGGGACGAUGGGAUGCACGAGCCGUCAGCAGAGGUGUGUCAGGUGAAUCUGAAGCUGGAGCUGUCAGAGAUGCGUCGCGAGGCACAGGGCAUGCGCCUCAACCUGCACAACUCCAAGCUCGCCCUCGCUGCUGCCGAGGCAGAGGUUGUUCGGCUGACGGUGCGCGUGGCGUUUGGGCGCGUGCUGCUGCAGCUGGUGUCACGGUCGCGAGAGAUGCACGAGGAUGAGCUGAUCAUGGCCACACGCAUGGUGGAGGAGGCCAAGGUGAGGGAGAGCGCAGUGGAGCGCAACCUCUUCUCUCUGCUCAAUGAGAUUGCCCGCCUGAUCAAGGAGCAGCAGAUGCAGGCCAAGAACAACGGCGCCACGUACCUCAAGUAUAAGAUAGGCCCGGCGGAGAUCGAGGUCGUGAAGGAGGACCUGAGGCAGCUGGUGCGGUGGGUGCAGACCAAGGCGACGCUGGCCGAGAAGGGGCGCCAGAAGAACAGGGCUGCACGCGUGGGUGCUGCAGGCGUCGCAGAUGCAGCGGCAGCCACCGCAGCUGCGGCAGCUGCUGCCAAUGCUGCAGCGACACGUGCGACUGUAGAGGCGGUGAAGCGGGGUGGGGUCGCAGGAUUGGGCGGGGAGAGCGGGCGGGACUCGGUGGUGCAUGGGGGUCCCGAGAUGGUGGUGCAGCUGGAGAGGGAGCUGGAGGAGGCGAAGGCGCGGUCAGAGGAGGCGGAGAAGCUGCAUGCCAUGGUGGAGGGCGUGCGGGAGAAGGAGAGGCGCACGCGCGAGGAGGUGGAGAGGGAGCUGCGCGCGGCACAGGUUAAAGUGGCGGAGGCGGAGAUGAUGGUGCAGCAGGUGGACGCCCUGCGCAACACAGCGUCCGUGCUGGCUGCAGAGCUGACGGAAGAAGUGAAGGAGACCAAGGUGAAGAUGCUGGAGGCGGAGGAGGUGGAGGGGCGCAUCACUGCACUCGAGGCCACGGAGAAUGUCAUCAAAGCGGAUCUUGAGGUGAAGAGCCUACGGCUGAGGGAGAUUGACCGGGACUACCCGUACCUCAUGGCGCAGGUGGCGGCAGACGGUGCGCCGGCCAAGCCACGUGGGUCGAUCUUUUCCCUGGGGCGAAGCUCAGCAGAGGCUGCGGCAGUGGCAGCGGCGUCGGCAGCGGCCAAGGAGAGGAAGCGGCUGCUGGAUGAGAUCCGUGUGAUGCGCGAGCAGCUCAUCUGGACGCAGGGCUCGCUCACCAAGAGCCGCCAGCGCCUGCCUGAGCUCUACCAGGUGGGUCAUGGGUUAGAGCAGUUGGUGAAGAAAGAGGAAGUGAUGUCGGCAGUGGAGGGCGGUGUUGAGGCAAAGGAGUGUAGGCGCAAGGUAGAGGAGAAGGAGAAGGAACAGAAGCGUGUGCGGCAGUGGCUGGCAGAGCACGAGCCUAUCAUUGCAGCCAACCAGGCCAGGCAGGCUCAGACCGCUGCUGCUGCUGCUGCCCUUGCUGCCUCCGCUCCUCCUCGCACUGCUCCUGCUCGUGCUUCUGCCCCUGCCCCUACUCCUGCUCCUGCGCCUGCGCCUGUUCCUGCUGCUAGUUUGGGCGGGUGGGGUUUCUCUAGUGACUCCAGCCAUAGUGCUGCCAGUGGUGGUGGUGGUGGUGGUAGUGGUGGUGUGCCUCUGCCUGCUCACUUGGCAAGUGCACGAGUGGUGGUGCCAUCAGCCACGAGCUCUGUGGGCGCUGCUGUGGCCAAUGCUGCUCACGUCGCAGCAGCCAUGGCUGCCGCAGCAGCAGGAGCGGAUGAGAGCCUGCGUUUCCAUUGCGUUUCCACUGCGUGUGCCUGGAUUCUUCUUUCCGUAACUCUUCGCUGUGGUGUGUGCCACUCCGCAUCAUCUGUGCUUACUGCUGCGCCAUCCCACUUCUUGCAUUCCCUUGCUGCGCAGAAGGAGGAGCCAGAGCAUGUGGAGGAGGAGUUUGAGGAGCCAGCACGUGAGCAGAUCAUCAUGCUGCCACCGCUCACCAACGACAGUGUGCUCUCCAAUGCCAUUGCUGCCUUCGCCAAAGCCAACAGCACCACCAAGAUUUCCCCUCUUCAAACACCCUCGCCUCCUCCCCCCACUCCGUCUGGUCCACCCCCCAUGGCCCAUGGUAUGCCCCCGCCUGCCCUUCCCACUUCCCCUCCUCAUGCUCCUGCUGUUCCGUCCUCCCCUCCCUCUGCAUCGCCGGUUCCUGCUUCUGGUGCCGAUGCUGGAGCCAUUGACGAUGCUCAUGCGGAUGAUGCUGCUGCUGCUAUUUCUUCAGUUGCGGCUCCUGCAGUUGCGGCUGUUGUUGAAGAGAUGAACGAGGGAGAGAAGAAGUGCGAGGAGGAGCACGUGGAGGAAGAGGACAGUGAGAAGGAACAGGGAGAGGUUGAUGAAGUGAAGGGAGCAAGUGAAGGAGAGGGACGCAAUGUGGAGGAAGGAGAGGAAGAAAACUCGGACGCACAUGGAAGCGAGGGUAACAAGGUGGAGGAGGCGAAGGAAGAGGAUGACAAGUUGGAGGAAAACGUGGAGAUUGGAAGCAAGGACGAGGAUGCACCACUGCAAGCGGUAGCGGCAGAGGAGGCAAGCGUGUCAAGCAACUUGGAGCCAGUGGAUAUUGCCACACAACAGGCACAACCACCUCUUUCUGCUGAUGAGGUCACUGUCGCCACGCACACUGCACCUGCUGUUGUCUCUGAGCCGACACGUUCAGAGCAGGAGGAGAGCCAGUGUGAGGAGGGCCCUUCUGCCUCCCUUGCAUCUGUUGAGUCUCCUCCAGGUACUGAUGCUGCUGUUGACAGUGCCGAAGCCAGUGAUACGCCCACUGAACGGCAGGAGGACCCAACUCAAGAACGCGCGGAGGCAGAAUGUCUCCCAACAGCAGAGCUUAUUGAUGCUGCGGCCAUUGAUGCCUCUGAGGCUGUAGCUGAUGCGGCUGACGUGGCUGAGUCUGUUCCUACCUCUGCUGAACUGGCGGAUGCUCCUGACGUAGAGCCGGAUGUGGUGGAAGAGGAGCAAGCAGCAGGGCUAUCAGAUGCCUCUUCUGUUGCUCACACCCUUGAUGGUCAGAAUGUGCAUGAGGCAGAGGCAGCUGCAUCUCCAACUGUGUUCCUAGGAGGUGAGGAGGAUGCGGAAAGAGAUGCGCCCGAUGAUGCAGCUGCCCCGCCAGCACCUGCUGUGGCGGACUCCCUUCAGGCGCAUGUUGCUGAAGGUGAUGAGGCCGCAGUACGCGAUGCCCCUGCAUCCGGCACUGCUGAUCGGGACACAGCCACAGCUGGAGAGAGCAAGGUUGUUGGUGACUCGGCGUUGGAAGGGGAAGAGGCGCAGCAGAUGGCAAUAUCUGGAAUGGAGGAGGGGCGUGCUGGUAGGAGUGCGCUUGUUGCCGCACUGGCUGAGGGGGGUGUAAGCCAAGAUGGGGCAGAGGAGAAGUUUGAGAAGCUGGCGGGGAAUGCAGGGGAGCAGAGCAGCGGAGCUGAUGAGCGCCAUGCUCAAUCUUUAUCGCCCCUCCUCUCUUCACUUCCCCUUUUUGGGAAGCCCCACCCUUUUCCCCUCAUCUCCUCUUGCUUCCUCACUCCCUUCAUUCCUCAUUAUGCUCUUGUUGUGCAGCCAUGGUCCUCUCCCCUCCUCCCGUUUAAGCCAAAGCCUUUGCUAAAGCACCCCUGCACCGCCACCGUGACCAGCAUCACUGUCGUCUUUUCCAUCACCUGUCGCAGCGUUCAUUCGUGCGGAGCCUCGCUACCAGCAAAACCUUCCCCAGGAUCCCCUCCUCGUCCUUCCCGCUCCCCGGUUACCGUCACCUCUCGCCGCAACUUACCCCAUUGCGCGCGCUCGUUGCCGGCAGUGGCAGCGCGAAGCAUGCAUGGGUCGGCCGGGGUCAGCCCAGGAGGGUGUGAGGGGAGCAGGAGCAGGGUGGGAGCAGCAACAGGAGGAGGCGAUGGGGGAGAGAGUGAUGCGGCCGCUGCUGCCGCUGAGCUGGGGGAGCAAGCAGCGGUGGCCGUGGGGCUCAAGCCGCGGGGGCUGCUGCCUCUGGAGCGGUUAGAGUUCAGGGACCUGCUGCGGCGCAAGGGAGCCAUGGCGGGGUACCUGCAGUGCCGCAACAUGGUGCUGACGGCGUGGUACGCGGACGUGUCCCAGUCGCUGCCACUCGCGGCCUUUGGCGUGCCGUGCAUGCCCCUGCCGGGCGAGCCCGCGUGGCAUGGCGUCAUGCGCCACGUGUACUCGUUCCUCAACGACAAGGCCUUCAUCAAUCUCUGCAAGGCCGGAGACAUCCCCGCCUCGCCCGCCCCCUGUUGCCUCUGUACCCCAGCUGCACCAGAGGCACCAGCAGCAGCAUCAGCAGUCAAGCCUCCAACCACCCUCUCCCCAGCAUCGCCAACCCCAUCUCUGCACGGGCGGCGGGUGGUGGUGGUGGGCGCGGGGCCGGCAGGGCUGACAGCAGCGCGGCACCUGGUGCGUCUGGGGGCGCGCGUGGUGGUGCUGGAGGCGAGGGAGCGCGUGGGGGGGCGCGUGCACACGGACUGGACUUCCCUCUCCGUGCCCGUGGACCUGGGCGCCAGCAUCAUCACAGGCGCCGCCCCCGACGUGCACGACAACCUCCCCCCGGAUCUCUCCGCGCUGCUGUGCCAGCAGGCGGGGUUGCCGUGUGUGGUGUUGAGAGAGGCGUGCCCGCUGUACGAUGCGGUGAGUGGGGGCAGGGUGGCGGCGGAUGUGGAUGCGCGCGUGGAGCGCCAGUUCAACCGCCUGCUGGAUGAUCUUGCGGGGGUGGCGGCGCAGCAGGGGCAGGGCGCUGUGCACAUGUCCAUGGCUCAGGGCGUCAUGCAGACGCUGGGGGAGGCGUUUGGGCGGGAGAAUCUGGUGGGCGUGCAUGGGUCGCUGGUGGAGGGGCAGGGGCUGGAGCGGGUGCGGGUGGAGGGGGAGGGUGGAGGGGACGGGGGGAAGGGUGGUAGUGGAAGGGAGGCGUGCGCAGAGGAGUUUGGCGGAAAGAGAGGGGUGGGAAACAAGGAGGGGGUGGGGAGGGGCGGAAUGAAGGGGAUGGCGGCUGAACGGGCGCGCAGGGAUAGCUUGGGUAGCAGGCACAAGUACGAUGGGGACAGUAAUGGUGGCGGCGGUGGUGCGUUUGAUGCUGCCGUGUGUGGGGGGGGAGCGACGGCACUGAGUAUCAUUACGGGUGGCAAGUGGAACGGCGCUGCUACACCUGCUGUGGUGGAUGGCAGUGGUGCUGCAGAGGACGGAGGGGGCGGUUGUGAGGGCCUUGCGGCACAGGCCGUCGUGGGGAUGAAGGAGAAAGGUGAGAUGAAGGAGAAAGGUGGGAUGAAGGAGAAAGGUGGGAUGAAGGAGGAGCAGCAGGAGGUUGUUGAUGGUGGCCUGGAGACAAUGGGUGGGGUACAUGAGAAGCAGGGGAUGGGAGACGAAGUGGAAGUGAGAGAGGUUGGGAAGGAGAGUGGAGAAGGAAAGGAGGAGAAGGAGGAGGAGGAGGAGGAGGAGGAGGAGGAGGAGGAGGAGGAGGAGGAGGAGGAGGAGGAGGAGGAGGAGGAGGAGGAGGAGACGGUGGGCAUGGUGGAUGAGGAAGGCAAGGGCGAGUGGGGGGCGGAGUUGAAGAAGGAAAGUGCAGAUGGGGAGGGAAGGGUACAAGUGGAGACGGAUGGAGAGGAGGGUGGUCAGGAGAAAGCACAAGAGGGGCAGGAGAGAAAAAAAGAGGGGCAGGAGAAAACACAAGCGGAGCAGGUGAUGAAACAAGAGGGGCAGGAGAAGGAAAGCCAAGAGGGGCAGGAGAAAACACGAGUGGGACAAGUAGAAACACAAGAAAGGCAGGAGAACUCACAGGAGGAGCAGCAGGCAGCAAAGGAGGGAGCGAGGGCAGUAGUCACGAGUGUAAGUGAAGCGACGGGUGUAAUGAGCCAUGCUGGUGAGGGUGGCACCGAGGAGCCGUGUGCAUUCCCCUCCAUGGGCCAUGGCGGGGAGAGCGAGGGGCAGCAGGGGGCUGGAGAGGCGUCUGUAAUGGGAGAGGAGAGGGAGGGUGGCAUGUGUGACGGUGGUGGGGAUGUGCGGGACAGCAGGGAGGGUGGUUGUGGAAGCACGGAGGGGUGUGGCGGAAUGGUGCAAGCCAAGAGUGACUCUCCAGAAGGGCUUAGGUGGAUGGGGAAGAGGAAGCGAGCAGGGCUGGAGCCAACGGAGUCAGGACACGUGGCAGCAUUGGGUGGGCAAGGAGGGCAGGAGGCAGUGAGAGCACGAGGGGCGGUGGUACAGAAUGAGCGGAGCAGCAAGAGGGCGCGGAGAGGCGAGGGGGAGGAGGGGAGGGCGGGCAGUGGAGAUGCGGCGGAGGCAGCAGGAAGAGGAGCGGGUGUUGUGAAGGAGGGGGGUAAAGGGUCGAAGGUGCAAGCGAGUCGCGAAGGGGGGAAGGGCGAGGGUGGGGAUGCAGACAAGAGUGGGGAGAUUGGGAGGGGUGCAGGCGGCAUGGAGGUGCGGACGAGGGCUCAAGUGAGGCGCGCAGAGAGGCUCAAGGCGGAGCAAGGGGCGCCGGGGGCAGCGAGGGUCCCUGGGGAUUGGGAGGACGGAUCAGCGUGGGUGAGUGGAAGCGACAAGCAGCGGGGCGCGGUGAAGGUAGAUAGUGCGAUGGGGCAGGACGUGCAUGGGGUGGGGGAGUCUGGGAAGGGAGGAAGGGAUGAGAAUGGAUGUGUGCAGGGUGGGGAGCAGGUGCAGGAGAGGGCGAGAGGGCCCGUGACUCGCCGGCAGAGCAGAGGCGCGGUGGAGAGAGAGCAGCGCAGCAGAGAGAGCAGCAGGGAGAGACAUGGCCAUGGGGAGCAGGGCAGGGAGGCAGUUAAGAGGGGCACGAGUGCGCAGGCAGGGGGGCCAGUGAGGGCUGGCAGGCUUCCUGGUGAACAAUCGUCAGAGAGGGGUGUGAAACGGGAGGGAGGAGGGAAGGGCGCGGAGGCGAGGGGCAGCAGAAGCAAGGUGGUGAGGGACGUGCGGAGGCGGUCCAUAGCUGACCUGGUGGCGGUGCUGGAUAGCAAGGAGGAGGGCGCAGUGGGGGAGAGCGGGCAGAGCCUGAAUGGGCGGGACCAGGAGAGGAGGGACGUGGAGCGGCGGGUGCUGGGGUGGCACUUUGCGAACCUUGAGUACGGGUGUGCCACGGACCUCACACGCCUGUCACUGCCCUUCUGGAACCAAGAUGAUGCGUUUGGGGGGUUUGGUGGGCCGCACUGCAUGGUGAAGGGCGGGUUUGCGCGCGCCAUGGCGCAGCUGGCUCAGGGCGUGGACGUGCGCCUGGGGCAGCCUGUCACUGAGGUGGCGUGGGGGGGGGAUGCGGGCGUGCACAAGGCUGGGGCAGCGGCGGGGAGCACGGAGGUAGUUGCUGACAUGGAGCAAGAGAUGAAGGCGGCCGGCGCCGUGGCGUUCUCACCGCCGUUGCCUGCAUGGAAGGCACGGGCCAUCGAGCGGCUGGGGUUUGGGACGAUCAACAAGGUGAUUCUGGAGUUUGAGCGCGUGUUCUGGGACCCCCAUGUGGACUACUUUGGUGCUGUCGCCCACCCACACCCCUCGCAGCGCGGCAACUGCUUUCUUUUCUGGAACCUGCAGCGCACCUGCGGUGCUCCUGUGCUGGCGGCGCUUGUUGUGGGGCACGCUGCCAUGGCCAUGGAGGGCCGCGGGGAGGGGGAUGGACAGGCGGAGGGGACUGUUGUGGAUGAAGCUGGGAAGGAGAAGGGGGGCGGUGGAGGCGAGGGGGCGGUGGGACGAGGGAGGGGGAAGGAGGAGAGUCGUGGUGAGGGCGGUGGGAAGAGGGAAGGGGGUGAGCGUGCGAGGAGGAGGAGUGCACGGCUCAGGAGGGCGGAGGUGGGCAGUGCAGAGGAUGAGAGGCAGGGGGAGGGGGGGAUGGCGGAAGGGGAGAGGCAGCGGAAGGAGCGUGUGGUGCAACAUGCAGUGCGUGUGCUCAAGACCGUGUUCGGCCGCCGCAACGUGCCCAAACCCAAGGCUGCUGCCGUCACCUUCUGGGGCACUGACCCUUACAGCCGCGGUGCCUACUCGUACGUGCCAGUGGGGGCGUCGGGGCGGGACUACGAUCUGCUGGCGCAGCCGGUGCGCGCGCGCGUGUUUUUUGCAGGCGAGGCCACGAGCAGGGAGCACCCCGACACCGUGGGCGGCGCCAUGCUCAGCGGGCGCCGCGAGGCAGUGAGGAUCGCAGGCGUGCUGCAGGGAGAGGGCGAUGUGUGGGAGCAGGCUGAGGCGGCUGCUGCUGCUGUGGUGCAUCGGCAGACGGACGAGGAGCGCGAGGAGGUGCAGUGGGUAAGGGAAGUUUUGGGGGCCGCGGAGAGAGGGGGACGAGAUGGUGGUGAGUGGGGGAAUGGGGUGGAAACGAAGGGAGUGGAGAAGGGAGUGGAUGGGGAGAAGGGAGAGAGAAGCGCUUUGGGGGAUGACGAUGGUGGGAUAAGAAGAGGUGGGGGGUUGAGAAGCAAUGGUGAUGCUAAUGGGGAGGAUGCAGGAGAGCAGGGUGGGAGGCAGUCCUUGGGGAGGGAGGGCACAUGGCAUGCGUGGGCGGACCUAGACAUAGGGCAUAGCGCAUGUGUGCAGGCGGAGGGGGAGGAGAGGACGGCCAGGGAGGGGCCUGAAAAAGAAGCUGGUGAUGGCAGAGGGGUGCAGCAUGUGAGGGCGGCGGGACAGGUGUGUGAGAAGGGUGUCGAGGUUUGCGGUGCGGUGGACGAGGAGGGUGGGGUGCGGGUGGCUGGGCAUGGGGAGGGGGAACUUGAGAGGCUCAGCGAUGAGGGGGUGAUUGGGGAGGCGGGGCAAGGGGGGCGGAGUUUGAGCGAGCAGGGGGGUUCAGGUGACGUGGGGAAGGGCAAUGGGCUGGGAGUUGCGGUGCAUGGCGUGCACACGAAACAGGAAGGGGAGGCGGUGAGACAGGAGCGGGGCAAGGGAGGGGUUGCGAGAGGGGAGAAGGGCGGGGAGGAGGAGAGGGCGUUGAGGAGGCGAGAGACGCAGGGAGAGCUGCGGCGAGGUGCGGCACUGGCUGCUGUGCUGCGCAUGUCUGGCGGACUGCGCAUGGGCGUGGCAGCAGCAGGCAGCGCGGAGGGGCGGGGGGAAGGGAAUGGCAGGCAUGGAGUGGGUGUGGAGAGGGAAGGGGGCGUGCACACGGUGGGGGGGCGCGUGUUUGUGUGCCGCGAGCUGCUGCAGCUGCCCAGGAGGGUGCUGGAGGCCGUGGCGGGCAGCAGGGAGGGGCUCGAGCGAAUCAGCGAGUGGAUCGUGGAGUCCCUGCACUGCAGCUUGUCCCAGGUGCUCACUGCGUCUCUGCGCCUGCUGCUUGCUGCCGCCACGUGCCCGCGAUGCGUGCGCUCCUCAGGAGUGGCGGUGUGUGUGCGUGCGCUGCUGACCGUGCCACGUGUGGGCAGGGAGGUGCGGUCGCUGGCAGCGCGGCUCAUGCGCCUCUGGCACACGCUGGGCCACUUCCCUGCCCCCACCGCUGCUGCUGGGGGGCGCACCGCUGCACUUGCAGGCACGGGGGAACGGGCAACGGGCGAGGGCCAGGAGAGGGGUGAGGCAGAGGCAAGAAGUGAUGGGGUGGAGGUGUGUGGAGCCGUGGGAGGGGGGUUGGCAGGGGGCAGCGCGAGAGAGGAGGACACUGAGGGAAUGGAGGGAGAGACGGGAAGAGGAGGAGGGAGCAGGGUGGAAGGUGAGGGAGGGGAGCAGAUGAGAGGGGUGGUGGGUGGCAGCCUGCACGCAGAGGCUCGUGAUGGGUCGGAUGGCGGCUUGGGUGGUGCGGCAUGCAAUGGUGGUCAGCAGAGAGGAGGGGCAAGGCACGGGCAGGGAGCAAGUUGGGAAGAAGGGAGUGGAAUGAAGGAGGGUGGAGGGGCUGAGAGCAUGAAUGGCGAGAGUUCUGGGGUGAUGGCGGAAGGGAUUCCGCAUGCAGGCGGGCCAGUCACCCAUGGCUGCUGCCCACCCAUCCGCAACAGCAGCUGGCAGCACGCACCAUUAGCUGCUGCCACAGCAGCAGCAGCAGCAGCAGCAGCAGCAGCAGCAGCAUCGCAGGGCAAGCAGCAGCAGGUUACUCGGUUGCGCAGCCAGCGGCAGUCGCCCCUGGCAGGUGGGGCGGCUGCAGCACAUGGGGCUGGCGGCGGCAUGGGGGGAGGCCGAGGCAGGACAUGGCAGCAGAGUGGGGGGGAGUGGGAGGGGGGAGCGAGUGGGCCUGGGCGAGUGAGAGGAAGGGUGAGGGCUGGGGCGUCAGCAUGGGCUUGGGCAAGAGCGAGAGUCGGAGAGGAGGAGAGGACAUGGCCAGGCUUGGAUGGGAAUCUAAGGACGGGAGAGGAGGAAGAAGAGGAGGAGGAGGAGGAAGAGGAGGAAGAGGAGGAAGAGGAGGAGGAGGAGGAGGAGGCAGUCCCAGGGCAGGCGAAUGGGGUGGGGGCAGGCGCACACAAGAGGUUACGGGUGAUGCAGCCAGGCGGCACUGCUGUGCCCCGUGGUGGUGGGGUGUCAUGGCAAGCCUGCCAUGUGAAUGGCGGAGAGAGAGGAGUGGGCGACAGUGGGAGUGAGGAGAAGCAGAGGGGCGUGAGUGGGAGUGGUGUGAGAACAAGGUCGCAGGCACAGGCGUGUGUGCAAGCAGUGGGCAAGGAGGCGGGUGCAGGUUCACCAGGUGCAGCCGCCUCGGUUGGGGGUGCGGGGAGGGAAUCAUCUAUGCACAGUGGUGGAUCAGGCUUAGGCAAAGGUGGGGUGGGCGUUGGCAAACGCCGGGUUUCUGUGGCUGAGUACAGAGCAGCUGUUGAAGGGUAUGUGGCGUCCCUGGUGGGGCCACUGGGGGACAAGCAGAGGGUGACACGGCAGCAAGUGAGGGAGAUCAGUCGCAAGGCAACAGACGAGGUGAGGAAGCAGGGCGUGUGUGUGAUUCCAGAGGCAUGGUGGGUCAGUGCGACUAGAAGUGCGAUUAGAGGAUGCCAGCUGGUUUGCCUGCAAAUCACUCACAGUGCCGUGCCAAGCCCCCUCACGAUCCACCAGGUGAUGGAGAGUGUCCGAGAAGGGGGCGGUGCUAUGGACCCUGACGCCUGCCUCACUUCGUACCUCAAGUCGAAGAUUCGGGACAUAGUAGACAAGUACAUGAAGGCGUACAUUGACUCUUCCACGGAUGGCAAAGAAUCAGGUUCGAUCAAGAGGAAAGGUGUACCCUAA